AUGGUAUUGCAACGGUUAACUAUUGUCAUAACAUUGGUUAAACUAAUCAGAUGCGAGUUAAUUAAUGAUUUUCGUCCACCAUCAAUUCCAUUGUUUAUUUUGAAUCCAUCAAUUGCUGUCUGGAUGAACUCUGAUAAUUUAACAGAUCGUCAACCACAACAUUGGAUUGAAACAUUGAACAUGACAAUGGUCGGUUAUAUACGAAUAAAUCAAAAUGUUUACCGAUUUUUGGGUGUUGAUACAAUCCAUGAUAAUCAUCAAAUUAUAACUAAUGGAACAAUCAGACCAAUGCAACAAAUAUCAAAACGUGUACAACCAACACAAACCAAAUUUUUAUUUCAACAAGAUGGAAUUGAAUUGACAUUGGAGUUUACUCAACCAGCAUUUCCAGAAUUAAUUCACUAUUUUUCCUGUCCCAUUGUAUAUAUUACUCAUACCGUAAGACUAUUGCAGACACAGAUGUCAAAUGACGAUAAAUAUGUUCAGCUCUAUUUUGAUUUUGUAAGCGAUUUCGUUGUAAACAAUAUCAGUGAUCAAAUCAUUUGGGAAGAAUUGGCAAUGGAGGAAGAAAUCCCCUAUGCAAAAAUCUACAGGUAUCAAUCGUACAGUCAACUGGCAUUCGUCGAUUAUGGUGAUAGUACGAAACCAAAUUGGGGCCAUCUCUACAUAUCGUCGCAAUCGUUAUUUUUAAAAUCUUCAACACAAACAAACGCAUCUCUAGCUAGACAAGCAUUUCUGAAUAAUCAGCAACAAUUACCUAACCGAGAUCCAAAUCAACAACCACAAUCUGUAAGUGAUCAAUGGCCUGUUAAUGCUUAUUUUUAUGAUUACGGGUUAAUUACACAAGAAAAAGAUCUCUACAAAUCGUUUAUUUUAUUAGCCUAUGAUGAUCUUUAUUCAAUGAACUAUUAUUCAUCAUAUCAACAACCAUACUGGAAAUAUCUUUACAACAACAAAUGGGAACUGUUAUUAAAAGAUGCAUAUCAGAAGUAUGCGCAAAUAAAAGAGAAGGCCGAUCAAUAUGAUCAAGAAUUAAUUGAAAAAUAUACGGAAAUUGCAGGUCCGAAGUAUGCAACUUUAUUAUCAUUGUUACAUCGUCAAGUAAUGGGUGCUUGUGUUUGUGUAUGGAAUGAUAAAGAACAAACACCAUGGCUAUUUAUGAAAGAACAAAGUUCUGGUGGUGCUGUUAGCACUGUUGAUGUCAUAUUUCCAGCAUCACCAUUUUAUUUAUAUUUGGCACCCGAAGCAGUAAGACUUUUGUUGUUACCAAUCUUAGAUUAUUCAAAUAAUCAAACAUACAUAAGGUACAAUUUAGAUUGGACACCACACCAUUUAGGCAAAUGGCCAUUGUGUAACGUAUUACCUCAGGAACAAGAACAAAUGCCAAUCGAAGAAACUGGAAAUAUUCUGAUCAUGUUAGCUGCCAUUGCUCAACAACAACAAGGGCAAAUUCAAUACUUAGAAAAAUAUUCACAAUUACUAGAAAUGUGGGCAAAUUAUUUAAAUAAAUCACUACCAGAUCCAUCAUAUCAAUUGUGUACAGAUGAUUUUGAAGGUCCAUCGGCCCAUAAUGCAAAUUUAGCCAUUAAAGGUAUCGUUGGCUUAGGUGCCUAUUCUUUGCUAUUGAAAUAUCAAGGUAAAGAAGAAAAAUCUCGUGCAUAUGUUGAACAAGCUCGAUUGUAUGCAAAACAAUGGUAUGAGCUGGCUGUUGAUGGAGAGCAUUUCAAACUAGAAUAUGAUAAACCAAACACAUGGUCACAAAAAUACAACUUAAUUUGGCAAUAUUUGUUAAAAUUAGAUUUAUUCGAUGAUCGAGUGAGACAAAUUGAAUUAAAAUAUUAUUUAUCAAAAUUUCAACAAUUUGGUUUACCGUUGGAUAUUCGUAGUACACUUGCAAAAUGUGAUUCAACACUGUGGAUUGCUGCUUUAUGUAAUGAAGAACAGCAAGAACAACAACAGGCAAUGAUAACAAAUAUUUAUACGUAUGCUCAUCAAACACCGAUUCGUCAACCAAUUUCAGAUGUUUAUAAUACAACAACCAACAAACAAAUUUAUUUCACAGCAAGACCUGUUAUGGGAGGGCGGUGGUGGUGUAACUCUGAUUUUCGAGAAAGCAUAUCCUUAGCAGAAUUCAAUAUGUCUCGAGAAUUACCAAUCGAUAAGGAUAAGAAAGCAGAAGGUCCGCGUUUGGGUAGCUCUACUGAACACGACGCAUCCUCUUUAGAAUGCGAUAAAUCUGUAGUUUCUGUGAAGCCGAAACUUCCACCGACGCCUUCAGUAGCCUCUGUUUCAUCUCGGUGUCGAACAGUUAGGUCCACUACUUCGAAAGCUGCUUCUCGCGCUUCUCUUGUUUCAAAUGACAUGCUGGAGUCUAUGAAUAAACUAAUGAUUGCAGCCAUGUCUAUGAUGAAAGACGCACAGAAAAUACUUCGCUCUUUUGAUCAGCAACAAAAUGCAUCCCAAACACAGUUAACAUCGGUUAAAACAAUGGCACCAGUUUCAACCGAUUUACGUAUUACUGUUGUUGCUGCUGCUAAUUUACGCACAUCAUCAAAUUUUAAUCGUGAAAACUCAUCAUCUGAGAAUAGACAUAAAGAACCUCCGGGUCCUUGUCCAAAAUUUGUCAUAAAAAAUGGACAUUGGAAACGAGACUGUGGUGUACCUUGCGCUAUUUGUUUUGUUACCGCCAUCCUUAAAUUAGAGGGUAAAAUCAAAGAAAAUGCCAUUUCUUCCAAUGUUUCAAAUAGUUUUUACACUAUUAAACGAGGUUGUGCCGCAGCUAAAGGAAAAUUACUUGGAACAGUCGACAUUUUCACUUUAGACACCGGUGCUGGUGAUAGUAUAGUUAGCUCUGAUUAUUGGCGACUUUUAAAAGGCACUGAAGCCAUUCUUUCUUAUUCAGGUGCUGAUAUUGUCGGUCCUGAUGGGAGUUCCAUUGAGUCAGACCGAAGGUAUUGGUUAAGAGACAAGCCUUUAGCAAAAUUUCUUAUUUCUACUGAUUUACAUCAACCUGGAAAUAACAUCAAUUUUACUGAAUUGUAUCGACAAGGUGUGACAAGCGCACAAUUACUUGAUUGGUCAGCACCGAUAGAUGUUGCAGAACGAUACGAAAAAAAUGGCGAAAAUUCAAGUGAAGUAUUCUACAAUUGUUCAUCGCCCUGGUUUGGUCCUACAUGUCAAUACAGCAUUGAGUAUGACAUACUGCCUCCAUUUAGUAAUGUCGUUCAGUUUAUUAUUACGCCCCGUACUUUUGCGCCAAAUCUGAAAAAUUUCACGAUCGAAGAUGAGCAGUUGUGUCAAAUAUUGGAAGUGAAUGAAUGUUCCGACAAUGAAUUUCGAUGUCAUUUCGGCGGACAGUGCAUUCCGUCUACAUUUGUUAAUGAUGGACAGACUAUGAUAGACUGUCUUGACACUACUGACGAAGUGAAUGAGAAUGACGAAGUUACCUAUUUCAAUUCUAAAUGCAUCGGAAUUCCGACAUUUCGAUGUGAGGAAAGUACAAGUCGACGUUUUUUCACGUUUCCAUGCGGUGACGAUGAAUUUAAAGCACAAUCGAUACCACGUUUUAAUGGUAUGUGUAGAAGUAGACGUGAUGAACAAAUGACAAUAACUAUAUUUACUUCGCUCGAUUAUAUUUCGAACCUAGAUUGUCAACAAGCAGUACGCUGUUUACUUCGUGUCGAUAUGAUUCUUACUCAUAUACAAAUACCGACCUGCGAAUUUCUUGCCAAUCGUUGCCGGUCAAAAUGGUUUGCUUUAUCUGAAUAUCCCAUUAUGUACGGUUUCUUUCAAUUUGUUUAG